AUGGACAAGGAUACGGCAGACGGUCUUCCACCGUACACACGGUUCGAGCACCACGGCCGCCGCUAUCGUCGACGCCGAGAAUGUCGACGGAUAUUUCGAUGGAUUGCCCUUGCUGGAAUCAUGUUCAUGUUCUACUGCUAUUGGCGAGCUUGGAAUGAACCUCAAACACGAGGUACAGGCUCCAAACUGUUAUCUCUCGAUAGGCUUCAGCAAGAUUACGCUACUUGUGGAAAGCUCCGACACAAACCACAGGAUCCGAGCGGUUAUCGAGAACGGAACGCGAGAUAUGUGGAGGGACAGAAGCCGAUUCUCAUCCGGAAUGCGACUGUCUGGACCGGUGAGCCGUCUGCAGAUGUCACGAUCGAGGAGGCUCGUGAAGGGAAAGGCUACUCAUGGAUCCAAGCCGAUGUUCUGCUCCAGUACGGAUUGAUCACGCGUGUUGAAGCUGGCAUAUCGACCAAGGAGCUUCCCGAUGAUUAUGAAAUUUUCGACGCUCAAGGCAGGCAGUUGACAGCUGGGAUCGUGGACAUGCACAGUCAUGCCGGCGUUGAUAGCCUACCCGAUCUUCGUGGCAGCUCGGACACGAAUGAAUUGAGCAGCGAUAUCACGCCUUAUGUGCGCUCCAUCGAUGGCUUGAACCCGCUCGACCGCCAAAUUCAAGUCAUCAAGUCUGGAGGAGUCACGACGUCUUUGAUUCUGCCCGGGAGUGGGAACAAUAUUGGAGGCGAGGCGUUUGUCAUCAAACAUGCGGUUGGCAAGGCAGACGGACGUCCCGAACUCAGCAUCGAAGACAUGCUCGCAGACCCGGAUAACACCUGGAGAUACAUGAAGAUGGCGUGUGGGGAGAAUGCAAAGUCUGUGUACGGGAAAGUGGGCCGUGAUUUUGGUCCAUUUUCGAGGCUUGGAGAGGCAUGGUAUUUCCGGCAUGCGUUUGAAGAGGCGGCGAAGAUCAAGAAUGCCCAAGACGAUUGGUGCGCUGCGGCAGAUCGCGUGGGCGUUCAGAAUAUGGAUUCGUAUCUCCCGCAAGAUCUGAAGUGGGAGUCGUUGGCAGCGGUGCUAAGGGGCCAAGUCCACGUCAAUACGCACUGCUACACCGUGCCGGACCUUGAGAGCUUCAUCGGGUAUACCAAUGAGUUUAAGUUUCCUGUGCGGGCGUUUCAUCAUGCUCACAGCACAUAUCUGGUCCCCGAGGUCUUGAAGCGAGCAUAUGGAGGUAGAGCGCCCGCUGCUGCGCUUUUUGCGGACAAUAUGAACUACAAGGUACGCAAGAAUUUGCAGAGUCGGGCGUGAGUGAAGAGUGAAGCUGAUGGGCAAUGCAGGCAGAGGGCUACGUUGCGUCUGAGAAAGCUGGCAAGAUCCUCUAUGAAAAUGGCAUAACACCCGGUAAGGAUUCUUCCAUAGGCACGCCGUUGCUGGGCGGCGAAUCGUUGUCUUCACCUAUCCCUCCAGAUGCGCGUAGAAGCACGCUGAUCAAGCGCAGUCUACGUCUCGGACAAUCCUGUCAUCAAUGCUCAGCAUGUAGUGUUUGAGGCAGCCAAGGCUUUCAAAAACGGAUUGAAGUACCAUGCUGCUCUAGCUGGUGUGACCACGGCCAGCGCAGAACUACUCGGCUUGGGCGAAAGGAUUGGAAAAGUGAAAGCUGGCUUCGAUGCCGAUGUGGUAUGUUCCACCUUUUCCGCGGACAGCAUGCUCCUAACCCCCCCGAAUCGAGUUUGUAUGCUGAUCUUGAAACAGGUGGUUUGGGAUUCGGAUCCGCUCAGUGUUGGUUCGACGCCUCUACAAGUGUUCAUUGACGGGGUCCCACAAUUCCAGAUUCCUACAAACUUCAGCAAGCCGCUCACACCACCUUUAGAGACGAUCGAUCGUGAUGAUCUUGGCGAGGAUCCUGUGGAGAUCGAGGAUGUGGUCCUCACUGGUGUGACUCGAAUCUUGCUUCCGGGCCACGAGCAGACGUGGUCGUCGCCUACUAAUGUUGCGAUCAAGGGUUCCAGGAUUGUUUGCGUUGGAGAAUGCGCAUCCCAUCUCCAAACCUCUUUGAAGACCCUAGAUCUUCAGGAUGGACACAUCGCGCCAGGAUUGACCGCUUUCGGUUCCCUUCUCGGACUGGAAGAGAUCGCUGCGGAGGAGGACACGUCUGACGGGGCAAACGAUCAGUCAUCCUUCAGCGCGGCGAUCGACGGCCUUUCAUUCGAGGGCAAGAACUUGCGCGCAGCCCUAUCGCACGGCGUCACGAGGGCCAUCACCGCUCCCAAGUUUGGUGGAUCUGCAGAUCAUAAGGGCCUCAGUGUAGGAUUUCGACUGGGCGCUAGGCAUUCUCUGGCGGGGCAUGCCGUUUUCAAUGCAGGUGUUGGCGCGCAUUAUACUCUUGCGAAGCAGGAAAGGACCCCGAGUGUUAGUAGCGCGAUCGAGGAGUUGAGGGUCAAGUUGAUGAAAGGUGUCGCCUCGUCGAAUAGUAGUAAGACGGAAGAAGAGAAGACUCUCGAGGAGAAGGUUGUUGAGAGGGUUGUUGGGGAAGAAGGAUUGCCUUUGAUUAUCGGCGUCCACUCGGCGGACAUCAUUGCUUCGCUCCUGAGACUGAAAGGCCAAGUCGAAGAAGCAAUGAACAAGAAGCGCUCGGGCAACGAUUCUCCCGGGACGGCGGCACACCUACGAGUUGUGAUUCUCGGCGGCGCCGAAGCCCAUCUCGUGGCGAAGGAACUAGCGGAGGCGGGUGUCGGAGUCGUCUUGGCACCGCUCUUCUCGUACGCCACGAGCUGGGAUCAGCGUCGCGCCCUGACCGGCGCUCCUCUGACGAACGCCACCACCAUCGACGUGCUGCACGCCGCUGGCGUGACAGUCGCAAUUGGGGUAGACGAAGAUUGGGAAGCGCGGGAUCUGUUCUUGCAGGCGGGCAUUGUACAGGCGAACAGUCGGGGGAAGAUCAACGAGACGGAGGCGCUGGCGCUGGUUUCUUCUAACAUCUACGAGCUGAUGGGGAUGGAAGCUGAUGAUGCGGGAGAUUGGGAAUUUGUCGUUUCGGAAGGCCACCCCUUCCAGAUCGAAAGUCGGGUGAGAGCGGUGGCAGAUGGAACGGGAAAGGUGAGUGUGUGGUGGUAA